AUGCGAGAGUGGAUUACACAAACCUGGAUACAUAGAGUAUUUGAUAAAAUACUUGGAAUAGUGAUUGUAGACGUCUACCAGAUCUACCGCUACGAGGCUCGAGGGCAUCAUCACCUUGACAGGACAAUUGUGAGCCCCAACGACUUUAUGUCACAACUAUCUCACCAUAUCAUCUUUAACGAGCACGUGAUGAAGCGAUCACUGCGGUCUGGCUCCAAGUCUCAGGGGCCUUCUCAUACGCUGAAAACCUUUGGCGACCUCCCUCAAUACGCUGAAUCGCGUAAGGCAGGCAAACGAGUGCAGCGUCAGUGCAAUUUAUGCCACAAGAACUACUCCGACUACUGCGUUGAAUGCUCCGAUCUACAAUUGCAGUCAUUUUUCGGGGUGUGCGGCCCGAGAUCGUAG